CUCGGCCCCGGGCUCCGUGAUGUCAGCGGGCGCUGGCAGGGAGAGGGGGUCGGCUGUUUUUCUGGAGAGUUAGAGCUGAGUAAGACAAAGCACAGCGUUCUCCCUGCAGGCGCCAUGGAACUGCUGUCCUGUGUCUUGCUGUGGAAACUGGUGCUUCUUCAGAGUGAGUGCCCUGCAGUCCUGUCCUCAGGGCCCUUAGGGACUGCCGCCGCCAGCAGCGCUGUGGUGUCCGAGUCAGUGGUGAGUUGGGCAGCCGGAACCCAGGCGGUACUGCGCUGCCAGAGUCCGCGCAUGGUGUGGACCCAAGAUCGGCUGCAUGACCGCCAGCGCGUGGUCCACUGGGACUUCAGCGGUAGCCCUGGCAGCCAAGGGCGCCGACUUGUGGAUAUGUACUCAGCGGGUGAACAGCGCGUGUACGAGCCGCGGGAUCACGGCCGUCUCCUGCUGUCGCCUUCUGCCUUCCACGACGGCAACUUCUCUCUGCUCAUCGGCGCUGUGGAGGAGGGCGACGAAGGGGUGUACACCUGUAACCUGCACCACCACUACUGCCACCUCUACGAGAGCGUGGCCGUGCGCCUCGAGGUCACCAACGAUCCCCUGGUAACUCGCGCGUACUGGGACGGUGAGAAGGAAGUGCUGGUGGUGGCCCGCGGCGCACCGGCACUGAUGACCUGCGUGAACCGUGGGCACUUGUGGACUGACCGCCACCUAGAGGAAGCGCAGCAGGUGGUCCAUUGGGACCGACAGCUACCUGGGGUGCCACACGACCGUGCUGACCGCCUGCUUGACCUGUAUGCAUCUGGAGAGCGUCGUGCCUACGGGCCACCCUUCCUGCGUGACCGCGUGGCCGUGAACGCCGAUGCUUUUGCACGCGGCGACUUCUCCCUACGCAUAGACGCGUUGGAGCCGGCUGAUGAGGGCAUAUACUCCUGCCACCUGCACCACCACUACUGCGGCCUGCACGAGCGCCGAGUGUUCCACCUGCAGGUCACCGAGCCUGCCUUCGAGGCGCCAUCUCGGGCCUCUCCCAGCAAUGGGUCUGGCCACAAUAGUGCUCCUAGGCCAGAUCCCACGAUAGCCCGAGGCCACAGCAUCAUCAACGUCAUUGUCCCAGAGGACCGUUCACAUUUUUUCCAGCAACUAGGCUAUGUGUUGGCCACGCUGCUGCUUUUCAUCUUGCUGCUCAUCACCGUAGUCCUGGCUACACGCCAUCAUCGCCAUGGAGGAUGUGAGACCUCAAACAAAAAGUCUGGGAAAUCAAAGGGGAAAGAUGUGAACAUGGUGGAGUUUGCUGUGGCCACAAGGGACCAGGCUCCUGAUAGGACUGAGGACAUCCCACUAGAUUAUAAAAACAACAUCCUGAAGGAGAGGGCUGAGCUGGCCCACAGUCCCCUGCCUGCCAAGAAUGUGGAUCUGGAUAAAGAGUUCAGAAAGGAGUAUUGCAAAUAAAUGGACCCUGAGCUUCUGGCUGGGCCAGUAGCUCUGUAUCAAAGGACAUCUCCCUGACCCUUCUGCGGUAUUCCCUGCUUCUCAGCGGCUGGUCCGGCUUUCCUAGAAACUUGGUAGAGCAGCUGCCUGCGCUUUGCUCUUCCAAGCAUCAUCAUCCUCAUCUUGGUGAGCAACUGUGGGUUCCACAGGGACUCUGGUGUAGUGUGAUUGGCUGUACCCCCAGCUUGGACACAACAAAGAUACCUUGUUAAUGUCCACCAAAUGCAAAGUCCUUCAUAGCUUCUUCCUGCUCUGGUCAGAAAGACAUGUGAGGGUCCCUGUCACAACUCCUAGCCACUAAUUCAACACAUUAGCCAUUAUGGUGGGGGUCUUCCUGGACCACAUGAUGCCUAUGCCUUGCUCAGAGCCCUGCUGUCAUAUGUGCUAACUUUGGGCCCUCCUUGCUAUUUUGGGCCACUUGGGGCUGGCCCAUGGCCCUUUCUCUGCUUCUGAUUUCUUUCUGAAGAAUGCAUCCCAAGAGUUUCACCAGCAGUUACUGAGUACCAUGUGACUCUUGGCCUUGACACCCCUUCCUAGGCUGGAGUCUGGGAUUGGGGUCCCGUUUGUCCUCUGUUUUGGCUGAGGAGGAUGAAGAGGGUUCUGAGAGGCCUGUGCAGCCACAUCAAACAGCUAUUGUUUGCUCCCUCUGGGGAAGUUUUCAUGAAAUAAUAAAAGAUACAUCUGACUUUCA